GGCCCAGGAGGACGGUGAAGCAUUGCACGGCGUCUCUGCAGCAGCACGGGUAGGCGUUUGAUAGUGAGGUUUAUGUGAAGAGAUAUUACUGCGGUGUGGAAGCACGCUCGCAGUAUGGAUGCUCAAAAGAAAAUCUGUAUUAUUGGCUCCGGAAAUUGGGGUUCCGCCAUCGCCAAGAUCGUGGGCGCCAACGCCGCGCAGAACGCCAAGUUCGACAGCAGGGUGAACAUGUGGGUGUUCGAGGAGAUGGUGGACGGCCGCAAGCUCACCGAGAUCAUCAACACCCAACACGAAAACGUCAAGUAUCUGCCUGGCCACAAGCUUCCACACAACGUGAUUGCUGUUCCUGACUUGGUUGAAGCUGUCAGUGGAGCAGAAGUCCUGGUCUUUGUGAUCCCGCAUCAGUUCAUCGGAAAAGUGUGCGACACCAUCAAGGACAAGAUCCGAAAAGACGCUUUGGGACUGUCCCUCAUCAAGGGCGUGGACGAGGGGCCGGACGGCCUGAAGCUGAUCUCUGACGUCAUCCAGGAGAAGCUGGGCAUCACCAUAAGCGUUCUGAUGGGAGCCAAUAUCGCUAACGAGGUGGCGGAGGAGAAGUUCUGCGAGACCACCAUCGGCUGUAAGAACAAGGAUCAUGGAGCUCUGUUGAAGGAACUGAUGCAGACCAGAAACUUCCGGAUCACGGUGGUGGAGGAGUCUGACGUUGUGGAGAUCUGUGGAGCGCUGAAGAACGUGGUUGCGGUGGGCGCGGGGUUCUGCGACGGCCUGGGCUUCGGGGACAACACCAAGGCGGCGGUGAUCCGGCUGGGCCUGAUGGAGAUGAUCGCCUUCGCCCGGAUCUUCUGCACGGCCGGCCCCGUCUCCUCCGCCACCUUCCUGGAGAGCUGCGGCGUCGCCGACCUCAUCACCACCUGCUACGGCGGCCGCAACCGCCGCGUGGCCGAGGCCUUCGCCAAGACCGGGAAGUCCAUUGAGGAGCUGGAGAAGGAGAUGCUGAACGGGCAGAAGCUCCAGGGUCCGGCAACAGCAGCCGAAGUGCAUCACAUCCUCACCCUGAAGAACAUGGUGCACAAGUUCCCCUUGUUCAAUGCGGUGUACCAGAUCUGCUACCAGGGACACCCUGUCGGCGAGUUCAUCAGCUGUUUACAGAACCACCCCGAGCACAUGUAGCUCGCCUAACCAAGCUCUCCAGAGGGGGAAUGAGUUUGGGGAGGGGGGGGCAGGUAACGCCCACAGGGGCAGAUGCAGCGCACAGGGGGGGGGGGUAAUUUUAAUGUUCACACUUUUAUCUUUUUAGUCUUGAAUUACACUAUAAAACGGUGAAGGAGAGUGAAAGUGACUGGCUGACCAGGCUGGGGAAAUACGGUCAGCAAGCACCAAUAAUCCAGCCACCCUGCCUGUGAUUGGCUGGACCCACAAUCCUGCCACUUACCGUCACCAUGACUACCUUACCCGUGAUGUCACACUGAUUUAAUUGCACGCACAGUUUUUAUGAGCAUGCUGCAGAAACAUCAUUUUUGUUGUAACGGGAAAGCUCUGAGGUCAUCGACAUUCGCAGCCCUCCCUGCUUCUAUUGGCUCAGAGGCUGAGAGAGGUGAUUGGUGUGUUGCUGAGGGCUGCCUGCGUUGCCUUCGCUGGGCGUCGGCCUGCCAGACGGUUGCAGUGGUAGUGCCUUAACGGUCCCGUCAGGUCUGAGUAACUGUCCCGUCAGGUCUGAGUAACUGUCCCGUCAGGUCUGAGUAACUGUCCCGUCAGGUCUGAGUAACUGUCCCGUCGUAGUCGCUCUGUUUCGUGUGAUAAUAAUUCCGCCUUAAGCAGCCACUCGUGUUCCGGAACUCCCGAUCGCCACGCUUCAUCAUCCCGCCGUGUUCCGUCCGUCUCUGGUGUGGAGGUGUGACCAGUCAGUGUGGAGCAAAUGCAUGUAAAAAUACGUAUCAAAGCAAGAUUUGAUAUUCAAAUAAAAGUAUUUGAACUCUAA